UGUUCAUGACGUGCUCAACAUUUCCUUGAAGAACCCACCUGCAUACCAGUUCAGCGAUAAUCACUGAACAAGUUUGUUGACGUUUAUGCCCUAAAUGACAUUAAUGUUCCCGCUGACGGGACCGUAAAAAUCCAUUCCAGAUUUCAAGGGACAUUUGUAGGGUCUCUCGACGAUUGAAGGAAAUAUCCGAACAGCAGUUCACCCAAAACUGUCGGAUCAAGGUCUGCAGUCAGAGUGCAAGUCUUUUUAGGAACUGAAUUCGGUUUAAAGCGUGGUUGUCUGCCAUACUGAACUCUGAGAUUUUGUAUUGCGCAAACCACAGCGAGGAAUAAACUUCUCUGGAUUAAACUUUGAUACGAUUAACAGCACCACUAUGAGCCAGUGGAAACAAAUUCAGCAACUGGAUAUUAAGUUCCUCGAGCAGGUAGACUAUUUUUAUGAUGAUAAUUUCCCAAUGGAGUUGAGACAGGUGCUGGCCACCUGGAUUGAAUGUCAGGACUGGGAAACAGCCUCAAACCAUGAGUCUAUGGCUACUGUACUUUUCAACAACUUCCUCAUACAGUUGGAGAGGCAGUGUUCUCAGGAGCAGAACUUUCUUCACAGGCACAACUUAAAGAGAAUAUUUAAUCAGAUACAGGAGAAGUACAAAGCAAACCCUCUUCACAUGGCUGCCGUCAUCUGUAACUGCCUGAGGGAAGAGCGACGCAUCUUAUCCACAGCCAGCAUGCAGGAACAGGGUCCACUGGAGAAGUCAAUGCAGAACUCUGCAGCCUUGGAAAAACAUAAAAUCCUCGACAACAAAGUGGCAGUAAUAAGAAGCAGCGUUCAGAUGCUGGACCAGGCUGUGAAGUAUCUUGAAGACAUGCAGGACGAUUUUGACUUUCGCUACAAAACACUCCAGCUUAGAGAUCCAGUUGACAGAAACUCUUUGUCCAUGAAGCAGGAAGUAACUGCACUUCAGGACAUCCUGAACCGCCUGGAUUUUAAAAGAAAGGAGAUUUUGUUAAAAAUUGCCGAUGUUAUAAAGGAAAUCGAUGCCCUGAUUUCCUCUCAGCUCAACCCUGAACUGAUCGAAUGGAAACGAAGGCAACAGAUUGCCUGUAUCGGAGGCCCAGUUCUGUUAGGACUGGAUCAGCUCCAGAACUGGUUUACCCUGACGGCCCAGAGUCUUUUCCAGAUUAAAAGACAGCUUGACAAACUGGGUGAACUGAUUCUGAAGGUCACUUACGAGAGUGAUCCAAUCCCACUACAGAGACCACAGAUGGAGGAGCAAGUCAAAUAUCUGAUCUACCACCUCAUCAAAAGUUCCUUUGUGGUGGAGAAACAGCCCUGCAUGCCAACACACCCUCAGAAACCACUAAUCAUCAAAACACAAGUGCAAUUCACCACCAAGGUCAGAUUACUUGUUAAAUUACCUGAGGUAGAUUAUCAACUCAAAGUCAAAACAACAUUUGACAAAGACCUUCCACCAGGCAAAGUGAAUAGGCAGUUCUUCAUCCUCACCAACAACACCAAAGUGAUGGAUGUCGAGGAGUCGACUGGCUGCCUAUCAGUAGAGUUCAGACAUCUGCAGCUGAAAGAGAGAAAGUGUCCUACAGGAGGAAAAGGAAAUGAGGGUCCCCUGUCGGUAACAGAGGAGUUACACUCGCUCAUUUUUGAGGCCAUGCUGAUGUUACAGGGUCUUGAUAUUGAUCUUGAAACUUGCUCCCUGCCUCUGGUGGUCAUCUCCAAUGUCAGUCAGCUCCCUGGGGGCUGGGCAUCUGUCAUGUGGUACAACUUGCUAACUAAUGACCCAAAGAACCUUGGAUUCUUCAGUAAUCCAUUACGGGCAAGUUGGAGCCAACUGUCAGAGGUGCUUAGUUGGCAGUUCUCAAGUUUUGCUGGCCGAGGUCUCAACAAGGAACAGCUUAACAUGCUGGGAGAUAAACUUUUGGGUACAUUGUGUCAACAAGCAUCUUAUAAUGACUGCCAGGUUUCUUGGUCCAAGUUCUGGAAGGAGACCAUCCCUGGCAAAUCAUUUAGUUUUUGGCUGUGGCUGGACUCAAUCCUGGACCUUAUUAAGAAACAUUUACAUCCUGUUUGGAUUGAUGGUUACAUAAUGGGAUUCGUGAGUAAAGAGAUGGAACGUGCCAUACUGAAGGAGAAGGAGCCAGGAACAUUCCUGCUGCGCUUUAGUGAAAGUCACCUCGGAGGAAUCACCUUCACCUGGGUAGAACAAGAUGAAUAUGGAGAGCCGAAGUUCAUCUCUGUAGAGCCGUACACGAAAAACCGUCUCAGCGCCUUGGCCAUUGCUGAUAUUAUACGGGACUAUAAGGUCAUUGCAGAUGGUGUUGUCCCAGAGAAUCCUCUGAAGUUCCUUUACCCUGACAUCCCCAAAGAUGAGGCUUUUGGGAAACAUUACAAUAGUCAUUCAAACAAAGUUUGUCCUUAUUUCCCGACACACUUGGUUCCAGUUUCCCAUCGGGAUGGCCGAGUCCAACAAGCAUGUUCCUCUCCUGAGCCGCCAAUGUCUCCCGGAAUGUUUGACAUUCUCAGCCAGCAGCUCACUCCCUUCGAGUUUGAAAGCGCAAUGAGUUCACCAUAGAAAAGAGCAACAACUUUUGUUUGGAUCCAGGAGUCUGGGUGGCUUUUAAGCUUUCCAUCUCCUCAUUCCUGUUAUUUUUGUUAUUCUUAUCUAUUGUUUUCACUCUUCUGGCUCUGUGCCAAUAUAGUGAAUCUCUUCUCUGUUUGGAUUUUCUGACAAAGAAUGUAUAUUGCAAAAUACUGACAAUAUGAAAAUGUAUCAUAGAUGAAUCAUGUCAAAAUUUGGGCUUGUAAUGAACCAUUCAUUGUAAACGGUAUAUGGUUGAAGGUCUCAUUAUCUGUACAAUUGCCUAAACGUUAAUGUCUUAAUGUUACAAUGCAUCUUACUGUACAUAUUUAUGACGUAGCUCCUUGUUGCUUAGCAAGAAUCUUUUUUAAAUAAAAAAUUAUAUGGUCUCUGCAAUAUAUAUAUAUAUAUAUAUAUAUGUAUGUAUUUUUUAGGGCUGUCAAUCGAUUACAAUUUUUAAUCAAAUUAAUUACAUGGUGUCCCGAUUAAUUAAUAGCAAUUAAUCGCAUAUACAAAUAUUUGCUGAA